AUGGCGGCACCGUCACUGUUCCUGCGCCACGUGUUCGGCCUCAAGGGCUCCAUACGCGACAACAUCCACUUCAUCGAGGACGUGACGGUGGUCUACCCGGCCGGGCGCAACGUCGUUGUCUACAACAUUGAGCAAAAGACGCAGCGCUUCAUUUCCGGGUCCCCUGAGAGCGAUGGCAUCUCCGCAAUCGCAGUUAGUGCUAACCGCAAGCUAAUCGCGGUUGCGGAGAAGCCGCUCGGGGCACGCGGGGGCACGGCAGCUCGAAGCACUCCCGAUGGGGGCCAUCAGCUGGAUAAGACUGCGACCGAGAAGAGCAUCGGGUUUGCGGAGAGCUCAAAGGGAGGGAUGACGUCAGCGGGGAGCUUUGUGGAUGGAGCAAAGGGGGCGGUAAUUACACUGUACGACUCGACGACAUUGAAGAAGAGGAAGGGGGCGUGCCCCGACUGCUGCCUCACGCUGUGGAGCUACGAGAAGGGCAAGUGCGUGGGGCAGGUCAAGAGCAGUGUCAGCUCAGCGGCCCAGGUCAACCAGAUUGUUUUCUGCCCCUCCGACCCUUCCGUUCUGGGCGCGGUCGGGAAUGGCUUCCUGCCUCUCUACCGGAUUGCUUUUUGCCCCGCGGACCCUUCCCUCCUGAGCGCGGUCGGGGACGGCUUCCUGCGGCUCUACCGGGCCACAGAGGCAGCUUUGAAGCAGCUCCCGACCAGCCUUGGGAGACGAGAGCCGCAGCCGUACCCGUGCCACGCGUGGCUGGUGGACCUAGCGGAAAAGGCGGAGAAGGACCGCUGCGUGGUCGCGAGCGCGAGCGGGGAGGUGCUGCUCGUCGAAGGGGGGGAGGUAAAAAGCGUGAUUGCGCACGUGGGUUCCGAAGAAGGCGGCGGAUUCUUCUCCGUGGCGGCGCAUUCGAAGGGGUUCGUCUGCGGCGGGGAGGGGGGAACGCUGUCCAUGUUCGAGAAAGAAGACAAGGACGUCUAUAAGCGCGUUCGGACGGUCCGCAUCGAGAGCAACGCGUCCGCGGUCCGCAGCCUGGCGCUGAGCCCCAACGAGGAGACGCUGGUGUGCGCGCUGGAGAACAACCAGAUCUUCGUGCUCGCGCUCACUUCCACGGAGAUGCUCAAGACGGAGGACAUGAAGAUCGACCUACUUUCGCAGUCGUUCCACUCGGAGGGCAUCACCGGGCUGGACGUGUGCGCGCGCAAGCCGCUCGCGGUCACGUGCAGCACGGACAAGAGCGUCCGCGUGUGGAACUACCUGGACCGGACGUCCGACAUCGUCAAGUUCUUCCCGGAGCAGGCGCUCUCCGUCGCCAUCCACCCCGCGGGUUUCCAGCUGCUCGUUGGCUUCGCCGACAAGCUGCGCCUGAUGAACCUCCUCAUGGACGACAUCCGGCCGUUCAAGGAGAUCAACAUCAAGGCCUGCCGCGAGGUCUGCUUCAGCCACGGGGGACACCUCUUCGCGGCAGUCCACUCCAACACGGUCCAGAUCUACUCAACUUAUACGUGCGAGAACGUCGGAAACUUGAGGGGCCACAACGGAAAGGUGCGCAGCAUCUGGUGGUCGCCCGACGACGCGAUGGUAGUGACGGCCGGCAUGGACGGCGCGGUGUACGAGUGGCAGCUGCGCGACUUUAAGCGCGAGCGCGAGAAUGUGAAUAAGGGCUGCGGCUACUCGUGCGUGGUCGGGGCCACCGACAGCAACUCGAUCUUCGCGGUGGGGAGUGACCGGAAGCUGAAAGAACUGGACGACUCGCAGGUUAUCAAGGAGUUCGACGGCGGCGGAAUCAUUACGCAGAUCGUCCUGCCGUCGUUCGGACGCUUACUGUUUGCGGCGAUGGACACCGGUGCCGUCCGAGCGUACAAGUACCCCCUCACAGGCGAGUACUCGGAAAUCCAAUGCUGCGCGGGCGCGGUCGCGCGGCUGCGCGUGUCCGUGGACGACUCCAUUCUGAUGGGCGUCGGCGAGGACGGCGCCUUUUUCUUGCUGGACGUCAAGGACCGCGAGCGCGCGGUCGCGAUCGGGUCGGGCGGGCGGCGCGAGCGCGAGGCGCUCCCCUGGGCGGAGGAGGUGCUCGUCACCAAGAGCGACCUCGAGGAGAAGCGCGCCAAGAUGGCGGAGCUUGAGGCGCAGGUUCAAGCGCUGACGUUGCAGAACGAGUACCAGCUGCGGCUGAAGGACCUCAACCUGAACGAGCGCCUGAAGGAGCUGACGAAAAAGUACACGUCGGAGGCGGAGGAGGCGCGCGCGCGCCACGUGCUGCUCGCGCAGGAGAAGACGGAGAUGGAGGCGGAGUACGAGGAGAAACUGCGCGCGUUCGAGGAGCGCGCCGCGCAGCAGGCGGCCGCGGUCGAAAACCAGUACCAGCAGAAGCUGAUGGGCGAGGUGGAGCGAUACCAGCAGCUCGCGCAGGAGAAAGAGCUGGUGAACGAGCGGUGGGAGCAGCAGAACGGGCUGCUAGCGGACAGCCACGAGCGCGUAAUCGCAGAAGUAACGGAAGAGUACGAGGCGAAGCUGGGCGAGGAGCGGCUCCAAGCGGAAAAGCUGGCGGCGGAGCGCGACGCGGCCGCGAAGGAGUACGAGGAGACGAAGCGCCAGAUGGAGGAGGACGCGGACCGCGAGAUCGAGGUGCUCAAGGAGAGGUAUGAGCAGAAGCUGACGCAGGAGCGAGAGGUCGGUCUGCGGCUGAAGGGCGAGAACGGGAUCCUGAAGAAGAAAGCGCUGGCGUUCCAGAAAGAUCUCGAGGACCAGAAGGAAGAGAUACGGGAGCUCUUUGAGAAGAAAAAGGAUCUUUACCAGACCAUUGCCAGUCUGGAGAAGGAUAUUGCGAGUUUGAAGAAAGAGAUUAAGGAACGGGACGAGACGAUCGGGGACAAGGAGAAGCGGAUAUACGACCUCAAGAAGAAGAACCAGGAGCUCGAAAAAUUCAAGUUCGUGCUGGACUACAAGAUCAAGGAGCUCAAGAAACAGAUCGACCCGCGGGAGCAGGAGAUCCAGGACAUGAAGGACCAGGUUAAGGACAUGGACGGUGAGCUGGAGAAGUACCACAAGCAGAACGGCGCGCUCGAUCUAGUUGUCGGCGAGCUGAAGCUCAAGAUCGACGGCCUGCAAAAGGAGGUCGCGGGCGCGCGGCAAGCGCUCGCGGAUGCGCGCGCGCUCGUGCAGCGGUUCCACCACGACCUCUCCGAGGUGGCGCAUCACAUACAGGACCCGAAGGCGCUGAAGGAGGCGGUGAAGCUGCUGUACCAGAAGCACGUGACGGAGGCCAUCAAGCCGGUCGAGCUGGACGCGGACAUCCUGCUGGAGUACGGCCGCCAGCGGGAGUACCUCGAGAGAACGGUGGAGGGCCUGAAGAAGAAGCUGACGAAGGACAGCGAGAUGCACAAGGUGGAGAACGGGCGCAUCAUGAUGGAGAACGUGAGCCUCAUCAAGGAGAUCAACGAGCUGCGCCGCGAAUGCAAGAUCCUCAAGGCCGCGGCGCGCACCAAGCGCGACUCCAAGGAGAACGAGCUGGAGACCUCCCCGAGCUCCCAAUCGCUCGCGAGCGGCGCGAGCGCGGCCGCCCGAAAGAGCGGGCUGCUGUCGCCCAGCAUGAAGAACGACCUUCUAGUGCGCGAGGUCGAGGCGCUGCGCGUGGAGGUCACGCAGCUGCGCGAGCAGCUCGCGGAGCGGCAGGCGCGCGUGGAGGAGCUGCAGCGGGCACAGGCGAUCAACGAGUCGGUGCAGCGGCGGCCCAAGUCGCGGGAGCUCCUACCGCCCAUGGACGGCUUCAAUACCGUUCCGGUUCCGCUCUCCUCGCAGCCAGCGGAGCGGCCGCCUUCAAUCCCACUCCCACCGAAACCCCCGACACCCAAAGUUUCGGAGAUUGUGAGCUCAGAGCAGCAAUAA